AUGAGGACCAUCUUCACCGGCGCCGCGCGCGCGGCGCUCGUCCUCGCGACGUGCCGCGCGUUUUACUUACCUGGCGUGGCCCCCAGAACGUUUAGAUAUGGCGACAAAGUAGAACUCAAGGUGAACAAGCUCACGAGUGUCCAUACGCAGAUCCCCUACGACUACUACUCCCUCAAGUUCUGUCGACCGCGGGGCGGGAUUAAGCAAGCGACGGAGAACCUGGGCGAGUUCCUGAGCGGCGACCUCAUCGAGAACUCGCCCUACCACUUGUUUAUGGAGCAGGACCAGUUCUGCAAGGUGCUCUGUCAGGUGGACCUGACGAAGUCGGACGUCGCCGCGUUAAAGACGAUCAUUCGCGAGGAGUAUCACCACAACUGGAUUAUUGAUAAUCUCCCGGCGGCGUCGAUUGUGGACUCGGAGCAGUACAUCAUCACGGCCUACGCGGGCGGCUUUCCGGUCGGGUAUCAAGAUCAUAAGGCGUCUUACCUGUUCAACCACGUGAACAUCAUCGUGGAGUACCACCCUUUAGAUGAUGGUUCUCGCGUAGUAGGCUUCUACGUCGAGCCCUUCACGGUGAAGCACAAGUUCGCCAACGACGCGAAGUGGGACGGGUCUGGUGAGGCUCCUCCACUCUCAACCUGUGACAAGAGCGGCCCGAUGGUCUACGAAGCGAUUGCCGCCAAACAAGAUGUGCAAACCGGUCCCGUCAUCUUCACGUACGACGUGCUGUGGCGCGCGUCGAACGUCAAGUGGGCGUCGCGGUGGGACAUCUACCUGUCGAUGGACAACGCGGUCCCGGAUAAAGUGCACUGGUUCUCGAUAGUAAAUUCUCUACUCAUAGUGUUAUUUUUGACGGUCAUGGUGGCCAUGAUCAUGGUGCGCAAUUUACACAGGGACAUCGUCCGGUAUAAUCGCGUGUUGAGUGAUGAAGAGAAGGCCGAGGAUCGCGAGGAGUCGGGCUGGAAGCUCGUGCACGCCGACGUUUUCAGACCGCCCGACAAGCUGCCCAUGUUGUUCUGCGUCUGCGUCGGUACGGGGGUUCAAGUACUCUUAUGUGCUGCUAUCGCACUCAUCUUCGCGGCGGCGGGCUUCCUCUCACCAGCUAAUAGAGGUAGUCUGGCGACCGCAGUACUCGUCCUCUUCGUGAUGAUGGGCAUCUUCGCCGGGUAUGCCUCCGCCACUCUAUACAAAACAUUUAAAGGUAGGCUCUGGCAGAAGUGCACGCUGUGCACGGCGUUCGCGUUCCCGGGCAUUUGUUUUGGCACGUUCCUGACCUUCGACUCGUUACUGUACUACUACGGCUCGACGGGGGCCGUGCCCGUCGCUUCAUUGGUAUCACUCUUGGCAUUAUGGUUCGGAGUCUCAGUACCUUUAGUAUUUGUCGGAGCCUACCUCGGAUACAAGCGCGAGCCGCUGGCCUACCCCACAAUCACCAGCAACAUCCCGCGGGAAGUGCCGACGCCCCAGCCCUGGUACCUGUCCGUGUGGUUCACGACCACCGUAGGGGGUAUCCUACCCUUUGGGGCGUGCUUCGUGGAGUUGUUCUUUAUUCUCUCGAGCAUGUGGAUGGACCAGUACUACUACGUGUUUGGCUUCACGGGGUUGGUCUUCAUCAUCCUCGUAGCGACGUGCUGCGAGAUCACGAUCGUGCUGUGCUACUUCCAGCUGUGCUCGGAGAACCACCGCUGGUGGUGGCGGUCGUUCUUGACCUCUGGGAGCACGGCCUUCUACGUGUUUGCGUAUAGCGUCGACUACUUCCGGAGGCUCGGCGCCGACGAGUGGUUCACGUACGUGCUCUACUUCGGCUACAUGGGCCUGAUAUGCGUGGGGCUGUUCCUGUUGACGGGCACGUGCGGCUUCCUGGCCUGCCUCUGGUUCACGAAGAAGAUCUACGCGAGCAUCAAGGUCGACUAGGCGGUGUCGGCCUUAUCCCUCUCCCCCCGUUUAAACAUCGGUUUGAUUAUAUCUGUUCUCUCCAGGGGAAAACCCGUUUUGGCACUCGAGUCGAGUGUGCGGCUGCGUAGUCCGCACGCGCAUUCGUGGCCUUUCGCGUGUCUGAAUUAAGGCGAAGUGAGCCUGCGAGCGCUCGUGCACGAUAAGCCUCGAGAGAGCUAGGCCUCUAGCGGCGCGAAGCCAGUAGACGGCCCCGCGCUGACUAGUACUCUGCAGGAACCGCUCAAAAAGUCAGUCAAGGAGUUGGACACGCUGCUGGGGUCCGGCUGGCAGGAAAAGUGUGGUCUCGUCAAGGAGGUUUCGAGCAAAGGUGAGACGGAGUGGGUCCUCGAAAAGCACGCGGCCGAGUUUAAAGAUAAGGGCGCCGACUUUAUCAAGACGACGUACGGUGUGAAAGAAGACGAUCCGGUGCGAACAACUGCGAAGAAGGACGCGGUCGCGAACGCCGAGAGGGAACUUGAGGCCAUAGAAGCUGACGUUCGAGCCGACACGACAAACUUUGAGUCGACGUAUAACAAUUUAGGCGGCACGUCGCGGGCCGACUUGCAACAGCCCGACCCGUCGCCCAAGGUCAAGCAACAGCCGGACAGCCUGCAUGGCAACCGCGCGGCUACCACGACGCAGCCCAGCUCUCAAGAACAAAGCGCCGACGUGAAGGAGGCGUUGAUGAACGCGCAGGAGCUACUAGCAAAGGCCAACGGCGGCAAUAGCGGCACGUGUAGCGGCUCGUGCAACUGCGUCAUAGCCUGA